AAGGGGGCAGGAACGAUGGGGGUUAAAGGUCGGACGGAAGUUCCCGGAGCUUCCGCUGGCCUGCGCGAGCGGGAGUUAUGGCUAAACAUCAUCCGGACUUGAUCUUCUGCCGCAAGCAGGCCGGUGUCGCCAUCGGAAGACUGUGUGAAAAAUGUGAUGGCAAGUGUGUGAUCUGUGACUCCUACGUGCGUCCCUGCACCUUGGUGCGCAUCUGCGAUGAGUGUAACUACGGCUCUUACCAAGGGCGCUGUGUCAUCUGCGGGGGCCCUGGCGUCUCGGAUGCCUACUACUGUAAGGAGUGCACCAUCCAGGAGAAGGAUAGAGACGGUUGUCCAAAGAUUGUCAACUUGGGGAGUUCCAAGACGGAUCUCUUCUAUGAACGCAAAAAAUACGGCUUCAAGAAGAGGUGAUAGGUGGGCCCCGUCCUCCCCCCGCCCAGCUGGUGCAGCUGCCAGAACGACGCCCACCAUUGCCAGCAGAGAGGGGGCGAGCCAGCGUGUCCCCCGAAUCACCUGUCCUCACCCAGGCGCCUGGCCCCUCUGUCCUCACCCAGACCCGUGGAUUGACACGCACAGGAUUGUCCGCCCCACACUCGGCCAUGAUGAGUGCGGGGCUUUCUGGAAGGCGGGGGGCGGGGCGAGGCCUCCCUCGUCCAUAGGAUCGCUCUGGCACCACGAGCCCUUAAGACCAGCGCAGGCUCAGGGUUGAUGCCUCCUGGUUGAGGGGGCGGCGGUGAGCCCCUCACCCCAACCCCCCAGCGAGGACGCACUCCCGAGUCUGCGCACCACGCUGAGCCGUCUGCUCAACUCUGAGCCGCUGCGAACCUUCUCGCUGUUGGAUUAAUAAAGUGGGUGUUUACUUUCUGGUCGUCA